AUGAGGGCAUAACAGUAAAAAGCUCGAAAAAUUUGAAACCAUAAAAAUCUAGCACUGAUCAACAUCUGCAACGGUAACCCAAUCUCAGCCCCUCUCUCUCAAAAAAUCUUAAGAGAAAACAAAGAAAUCGAAGAGAAAUUAGCGUCAUUAAAGUUUAGGUAAACAAAUUUAGUGAGAGAACUUUAGAUCUGUUAUCGUCAUCGAGUUCGAGAUCUUUCUAUCAGAGGAACCGAGAAAGAAAGAAACAUAAUGGUGGCUGCUAAAGGAAAAUUCAGCGUGGGGAUCAACCGUGUAGCUGAAGAUGCCCAUACUUCCAGAACAGGUGUUAGAACUUUUAAAGUCUAUUCAGAAAACGAAAAGAUGAAGGAUGCUGCUAGCAUUAAAUCUGCCCGAGAUAAUCUUCUUCCUGCAAGAAGGAUAUCUAACAAAGAAGAUCCUCUUGCCAUAACAAGUGAUUCAAAGUUGCCCUUAACAUGUAAUAUGAAGGGAAGUUCGAAGAUUGUGGUGCAGAACAAAGGCAAACAUGACACAUCUAGACUGACUGUAAAUCAAAAUGCCAGAAGAAAAGCAUUGGCUGAUGUAAGCAAUGUGCAGAGUAGCUGUGCAAGGAAUGCGGCAUAUGGUGGUUUGAAAUCAGUGAUUUCAAGCAGUACAGGCUCUAGGACUGUGAAUCUUUCAUCAAGAAAAUCUGCAAUGGGAAAAAUGAAGGAUAAUACAAGUAGAAAGGCUGGUGACUUUCAUGCUUCUAGAAAAGUAGGUGACAAAGAUCUAAGGGCCUCUUUGGAUGAUCAGAAGACCAACACCAAGAAUCAUGGCCGUGAAUUUGGCAUUAAUAAGAGCAGGAGGAAUGCAGGGAAUUUGGUUGCGGCGAUGAGGAAGUCUCUGCCAGUGCUGAAGAGGGUGAGCCAUGCAGAUGCAAGCAAUGCAAAGGAGAAUGAUGAAAACUUUGAGAAAACUAAGAAUAUUAGUGGGUUUCCUGUUAAGGUUAAAGUGGGUAAGAAAGUAGUAUCUCAGGGUGGCGUGGGUAGGAGCCAUCUAUGGAGAAAUAGAGUGAGUGAUGGCUUCAUAUUAAUGGCUCCCAGGGAUCGAGCUAAUGCUGAUGCCCGUGUAUCCAGAAAAUCUGUCAGGCCAAUACUAAAGACUGAAAUUAACCAUAAGACCUCAAGAUCAAAGUGCAUCUCUAGUUCAAACAAGUCUGAGUGCAUUGCUGCUAUAUCAUCAAAGAAAAAAGGAUCUGCCACGUCUUGUUCAGAAAACAUGCCGUUGGUCGCCCAUGAAGACGUUACUCAAGGAGAACCUUCACCUGACAGCAACAAGAAGUCAGGCGCUGAUAACAAAUCAAAUGUCAACACCAUAAGAAAAUCAAGUCGAAGGAGAUCUUAUACAUCUUUAUUAAUGACAGGACCAAAGUUACUAGAGGAGCAUGGUGAAGUUAUCGAGCAGGAAAAGCUACCAAGUAUAGAUGAUACUUUCAAUCAACUGGAAGUUGCUGAGUAUGUUGACGAGAUAUACGAGUACUAUUGGGUUUUGGAGGUGCAGAAUUUAUGUCUGGAAAAUUACAUGGCAAUUCACACAGAAAUUACACCUCAAAUGCGGGGCAUAGUCAUCAACUGGCUAAUUGAAGUACACUUCAAAUUUGAAUUAAUGCCGGAAACACUUUAUCUAAUGGUUACAUUGUUAGAUCGAUACCUAUCUCAAGUUGAAAUUAAGAAGAGUGAACUGCAGUUGGUUGGUCUUACAGCACUGCUUCUGGCAUCAAAAUACGAAGAUUUUUGGCAUCCUAGGAUCAAAGAUUUAAUUAGCAUCUCGGCUGAGUCAUACACGAGAGGCCAAAUGUUUGUGAUGGAGAAGCUUUUUCUUAAGAAGUUGAAGUUUCGUCUAAAUGAGCCGACUCCAUAUGUUUUCAUGUUGAGGUUUCUCAAGGCUGCUCAAACAGACCAGAAGCUUGAGCAUUUAGCAUUCUACCUCAUCGAACUCUGUAUGGUUGAAUAUAAAGCUUUAAAGUUCAAACCUUCAAUGCUAUGUGCAUCAGCUAUCUAUGUUGCUCGGUCUACCUUGCAAGUAUCUCCAGCUUGGACUCCUUUGCUUACCAGACAUACACAUUAUCAAGUCUCCCAAAUCAGGGACUGUGCUGAGAUGAUAUUGAGAUUUCAAAAGGCUGCAAGAACAUCACAGUUGAGAGUUACGUACGAGAAGUACAUGAGGCCUGAUCUCAGUGGCGUUGCAGCAAUAAAACCCUUGAAUGAACUUCCACUUUGAUCUGAUGUGUGUAAAUUCUAAAGUUACAUGCGAUGUAAAUUCUAAUGGUACAUGUGAAGGUGCCCUUGAGAUUGCUGCCUUGUAUUUUUUUUUUUUUUCCACGUUACAGCUGAAGAAACUAAAGCUCUACUUGCUGCAUGCUUUGUGUGGUUGUAAUCCCUGGUGAUUUUACAUGCCGAAGGAUAUGAACCUCUGUAGAAGUUGGAUCCCUGAACAGUCUGAUUUAACAUAGAAGUACCAUAACGUCUUGUUGU